AUGUCUACGACCCCCUCAUCCUGCGACAUCCUCGUCAUAGGCAGCGGCAACGCAGGCUUCUCCGCCGCCCUCUCCGCCGCCCAAACAAACCCAGAAGCAGACAUAAUCCUCCUAGACAAAUGUCCCCAAACCUGGGCCGGCGGCAACAGCUACUUCACCGCAGGAGCCUUCCGCACCGUCCACAAUGGCCUCCCCGACCUCCUCCCACUGGUAAACAACGUCAACGACCCGGAGAAAGCCAACCGAAUCGACAUGCCCAUCUACUCCGAAGCAGACUUCGCCCAUGACUUAAACCGCAUGACGAACGGCCGCACAGAUCCAGCCCUAGCCAAGAUCCUAGUCCAAGACUCGCGCAGCACCAUCGCCUGGCUGGCGCAGAACGGCAUCCGCUUCCAAUUAUCCUUCAAUCGCCAAGCAUACGAAGUAGACAACCGCAUCAAAUUCUGGGGCGGCCUUGCGCUGAAAACAGAAGAUGGCGGUAAAGGCCUGAUUGAGGAUCACAUACGUGCUGCAGAGAAGAACGGCGUGCGAAUCUUCUUCGAUAUGGCCGUGUCAAAACUUCUCACGGACGCGGGAUCGGGAUCUGGCGCCGUCAUCGGUGUUGAAGGUCACCACCGCGCCAGCACCAGCGUCAAGGACGCGAAUAUCAGCACGAGGACCAGCCGUGCAAAGUUCGCCAUCCGCGCCAAAGCCGUCAUCCUCGCAGCCGGCGGCUUCGAAGCAAAUCCCCAACUCCGAGCCCAAUAUCUCGGGCCGGGAUGGGAUGCAGCUCGCGUCCGGGGAACACCCUAUAACACCGGUGAUCUCCUCCAGAUCGCGCAGCGAGACGUCUCUGCAAAGACGGCCGGGAAUUGGUCCGGAUGUCACAGCGUAGCUUGGGACGCAGACGCACCUGCCCACGGCGGAGAUAGGGGUGUGUCGAACGAGUUCACGAAAUCGGGCUAUCCGCUUGGGAUAAUGGUUAAUCGGGACGGGGAGAGAUUCGUGGAUGAAGGGUCUGACAUGCGGAACUACACGUAUGCGAUGAUUGGGCGGCGAAUUCUGGCGCAGCCGGGUCAGGUUGCGUUUCAGGUUUGGGAUGCGCGGACGACGGGGUGGUUACGGGAGGAGGAGUAUAGGGCUUCUGUGACGAGACAUUUGGUCGGGGAUAGUGUUGAGGAAUUGGCGGAUAGGUGUGUUGAGGUUGGAUUGACUGGGAGACAGAGGUUUUUGGAUACGGUUGCUGAGUACAAUGAUGCUGUUCGGGAUAGUUUGGCGGGGAAGAAGUGGGAUCCUGCUGUCAAGGAUGGAGUGAGUACGUCCGGGUUGACGGUGCCAAAGUCGAAUUGGGCGUUACCGAUUGAUCGGGCGCCGUUUUUGGCUGUGAGGGUUACUGCUGGUGUUACUUUUACUUUUGGGGGAUUGGCUGUUAAUCCGGAGACGGCUGCUGUGGUUUCGGAGACGACGGGACAGGAGGUACCUGGUUUGUACUGUGUUGGGGAGAUGCUGGGUGGUCUUUUCCAUGAUAAUUAUCCUGGUGGUAGUGGAUUGACUUCGGGUGCAGUGUUUGGACGAAGGGCUGGACGAGCUGCAGCGAAGAGUCUUGGAGCAGGAAGAGCUUACAGUAGACUGUGA